GGUUGUUCAGGAAAUGCAACAGUUGCUUGCUUGUUUGUGCGUUCCUUGAUAUAAUACUUUACUAAUAUCGCAGUUUGUUGCAUUUUCACUAUUGUUAUCGCUCUUACGACAGCUUAGUAGAAAAGUCCUCUUUUCAGCGGAUUGUUUGUUUGCAGCUAACUUAUGUCGGGUGGAACGGGACUAGAAAACGAAAAUCCUCUGAUAUUUCAGCGAUCAGGAGCGAGACAUGUCACAGCCAGUGAUGAAGAUGAGGAUGUUGCUGAUCCCAUCGACGACAGGGAGAUCUUUGAUCUAAUCAGAUCAAUUAAUGAUCCAGAGCACCCACUGUCCCUCGAAGAACUGAAUGUUGUGGAACAGAUGCGUGUUAUUGUGAAAGAUCAAGAGAGCUCAGUGUCUGUGGAGUUCACGCCUACCAUCCCACACUGCAGUAUGGCCACCCUUAUUGGCCUGUCCAUCAAAGUCAAGCUCCUGCGCUCCCUGCCAGACAGAUUUAAGAUUGAUGUCCACAUCACACCUGGCACACAUGCCUCCGAGGAUGCAGUUAAUAAGCAGCUUGGAGACAAAGAGAGAGUGGCAGCAGCUCUGGAGAACUCUCAGCUGCUGGAGGUGGUCAACCAGUGUCUGUCCAGUAGAAUGAUGUGAUCAGAAGAAAACCUAGAAGCAAGAUCUGUGGUCCUGUUAUCUGUGUUAUUUGUUUUUAACAGCUCAUGUUAACUAAUGUAGUUAACUACUGUUUACCAAUAGAACCUUGCAAAGUCUUUCCAUUAAUAUUGAUAUUAGCCAAGAACAGAAACCAUUAAAAGUCGGAAGCUGAAUGUGGAGUCUUAAAUAGCCAAUUGCCUCUCGUAUCUCACGUCCACAUCUUUAAGCAGUUCAAUGAGAACUAGAAUAGUCUUUCUGUUAACUUGGUAUUUUAAUAACCAGUGUGAAAGGGACAGAACAUUCUGUGAUGCUGGAGGGUAAUAAAAUGAAUUAGGAAUG